AAAUGAAAUGGUCAAAGAAAUAUUUUAUAACUGACCAUUUGAACAUUUUUGAAGGUAUUUUGCUUUAAUUAAAAAAAAAUAAUCCAUGUUUUAUCAAUGAAAAUAUUAGGUGAUUUAAUCUCAACUUGAUGGAAAAGCAAGCAGAUGAACUGAGAUAAAAGCCAUGUGAUGUACUCAAGAAUAUAAUCAACAAUUACUUGGUGAUGAGCCUUCCUGGGAAGCCUACUGAAUGAAUUUCCCUCGGUUGAUUUCAAUGACUUGCAUGGAGGCAGCCUGUAAUUCCAACCAUCCAUCCAUCCAUCCAUCCAACCAUUUCCAUUUUUUGUACUGCUUAUCCUACUCUGACUCUGGUGACUCACAGUGGAGGACACCCUGGACAAGGUGCCAACCCAAGAUGCAAUCUCUCUCUCUCUCUCUCUCUCACACACACACACACACACACACACACAAUCAGCCUACAGCUUAUGUAUUUGAACUGGAGGAAGAAACUGAGAUACAGGAAACCCCCAAACCACAGGGAGAACAUGCAAACUCCACACACACAAAGCAGAGGCAGGAAUCAAACCCCAAUCCUGGGGAUGUGAGGCACAAACCUAGAAUUCAAGUUUCAAAAUGUUUAAUUCUUUAAUUUAUUUAUAUUUAGCUGCAGUUUUAUCCUGCAGGGGUAACUCUGGAUGUACGGUGAAGCCUAGAACUAUAAGGCAACAACUAUGUUAAAAGUGGGACACCUUGCUAUCCAUUUAUUGUUUCAGUAUGUGUGAUUUAUCACUGGGGCAGAGACAGUGGUUAAGGUUCAGUGACAGUGGUCGGAGGAUUGAGUUUAAAUUUCAAUACGAGCAAAAAGCCACUGCUGGGCCUUUCAACAAGACCCGCAAACCUCAACUGCUCAGACAUAUUAUAGGAUUGGGUUCUGUCCCGUUUGUAAGUCCCAUUGGAUAAAACCAUCUACCAUAUGCAUAAAUGGAAAAAAAAAUCAGACCAUGAUGUGUGUCAUUUGACCUCUAGAGGGAGCAAUUCACCACAAUAACUGAAAAAUCGAGAAGAAGGGAAACGGAUUCUCAGAUUAGGGUUACUCCAAAUAUUUCCCUUCUCUUUGCAGUGGAUGGCCAUCAGAUGUCUACUUCCAAAGUGUGGCCUUUUCAUAAAUUGUUCAGAGCUUGGACAGAUUUUAUUUAGAGUGUUUCAUCAGCAACACUUCAUCAGCAAGAAGAGAGUGGAGUGGUUAAAGUUAAAAGAGAUGAAUCCAAGAUCUAUGAUGGACACCUGAAAGUCACCAAUGGCUGUGGAGGAAACUGUAGGACAAAACAUCACGAAUAGAUCAAGACAUUUCCCUGGUUUCCAGUUGACGACUAAAAAGUUUUUGUAUUCUCCAAUUUGAUGGCUAGAUAUGUCAUAUCAAGACCUUCAGAAAGUGUUACUGUACAUGAUGCCCUACCAUAAGCAUGAUGCCUUUGGGAUUAGUUAUAAGAAGUUCCCUUGAAUCAUGACAUAUUUUUACUCUUGGCCACGCAAGCUUAUUUUUAAAUUAGGUUGCAAUAUGUCUGUCAGACAGACCUUCUGUGAUUGUUACAUAGACAGGCCUCUUAUUUACUGUGAUUCAGACUAUCACUGUGGCAGCUGAACUCUCAAGCUGGACACUUCUGCCAAGCUACUCUCUUAUAAUGGCCAGCUCAGUCAUGCCAGCUGCUUUGCUGGCUCUCUGAGGUAGCUAAAGGUCUCGUUGGCAGCACUGCCAAUUAAAAAAGAGAAAUCGGAGUGCUUUAAACAGGACUAAUCCCUCCUUGACCCGCUCUAAAGUCAGCUGGGGUUCUGUUCUUGGAUCCACCACCAGUUUUCCAAUCAGACCCUGCAGAAUGAUGUUCCCCAAAGAACUGAUUUCUGAAAGACUCAAAACAUGUAGAAGAUAAGGGGUAUUUUGUCAUUUUUGAUAGGGUAAACAACUUAACUGAUGGCAGACAUACAAAAAAUGUCAAUGUUUAGGCUUGCAGCAUGGUCUAAAAUCACAUCUUAUCUCUACCAUUUUUCGUGUUUUGAAUCCUAUGUACAUGCUCAGUUACACCUCAGGGUUCCUAGUGCACGGCAUGAGUUCAGCUAAAAAAACAGUAAGUCAGGGUCAAAAAUGAAGUUCAGAUGGUUGGGCCCCAUUGGUUAGAAGCCUUGAUAAUUCAAAAUGCUGAUUCUGUUGGCUCUACUGUAUAUUAUCCUGUUCUGUUAGAUUUUUUGUGUUGUUUUUGCUUCCAGUUGUGUUCAAAUGACAUCAUAAAAAUUAGCUGAUGUGUUGAAUCGUGUGUUACACUCACUACAUGUGAUAAAAUGGUCAUCGGGUCUAACAAGGAAUGACGACAUGGUAUGUAUAAUUGCAGGUGGUAUUUCACCACCUCUAUAUUUAACUCAAGACCUCGAAUAGCAAAGAUCUCAUGCCAUUGCGGUUUUACAGCCUUGUUCUUUUGAUUUCGCUCUCAUUGGAGCUGUAAUCUGCACGUCUGCAUGUGAAAGCAGAGUUCUCUGGAGUGGGGUCAAAGAGGGAUUAGUCCUGUUUUGAGUGGCUUUGAUUUCUCUUUUUUAUAUUCACUUGCACAGCUGCCAAGGAGACCUGGCAGCUGCCGUGACUGAGCUGGCCAUGAUAAGAGAGCAGCUUGGCAGAACCGCCCAGGUUGAGAGUACUCGAUAGCUGGUGAUUUGACAUGACUUGACAGAUGAGCUGUGGCAAGUAGAUGCUGCUGUCCAUUCAUGUUAAUGAUUUUUUGUGUUUAAUAUUGUGUAAUAUUAAUAUAGUAUUAAUAUCAGCUUAUUACCUGUUUUUGUCUUCUCAGACCUCAAGAGUUCAGCUGAGUUCACCAAUAGCUGGACAGAUGCAUGAAUACUAAAAACAGAUAUAUAGGCUUGUACGCCCGCUCUGUAGAGUACGAGACGGACUUAGUAGUGCCCUCGGAGCUGCAGCAGGAGCAGGUGGAGCUGAUUUGGGAAGCAUCACGGUGGAGCAGAGGGCGCAGGAAGCGCUCUGAGAACCAGCAUGGCCACUUGUUCGUGUCGCUACCUGCCUUCAAAAGAGAACUUUACCUGGAGCUUCAGAGGGACGAGGCUUUCCUUGCUGGGGGCUUCAUGGUUGAAGAGAAGAGUCGAGGAGAAAGCAUCCAGCGUGAACCAGAUUUUAAAGGACGGGUCUGUUUCUACACUGGCACUGUCUUCAAUCACACUGACUCGUUCGCCUCGUUGGAUACUUGCGGCGGCCUGACUGGCCUGAUUCAAAUGGGAGAUGAGACACUGUUUAUCAAGCCCGUUCAUCAGGAACUAGAGUCUUUCUCGGGUGGAGAACACAAAGUCAUCAGACAAAAACGUUCUUCUGACAAAACGUCCCGGUCCACACAAGACAGCCCAAAACACUGCCAAGUCAUCCAAGGGAAGCGUAAGGACCGGCGAUCUAAAAGCACAGAGGACGCUCGUGGGCGGAGAAACGCUAUCCGGAUGAGCGGAGAAUACACUGUAGAGACGGUAGUGGUGGCCGACGCAGACAUGGUGCAGUACCAUGGAGCAGAGGCAGCGCAGCGCUUCCUGCUUACCGUCAUGAACAUGGUGUAUAACAUGUUCCAGCACCAGAGUCUGGGAGUGAAGCUAAACGUCCGAUUCACAAAACUGGUCCUCCUGCACUCCCGCCCAAAGAAGCUGAAGGUUGGCCACCACGGAGAGAAAACACUGGAGAGCUUCUGCCACUGGCAGCAUGAAGAAUUCGGAGGGGCUCGCUAUUUAGGAAAUAACCAUGUCCCUGGAGGCAGAGAUGAUCCACCACCCAUGGACGUUGCAGUACUAGUAACGAGGACAGAUUUUUGUGUCCACAAAGACGAGCCCUGUGACACUGUUGGUAUCGCGUAUUUAGGCGGCACCUGCAGCGCCAAGAGGAAGUGCGUAGUAGCCGAGGACAACGGCCUCAACCUGGCCUUCACCAUCGCACACGAGCUCGGCCACAGCAUGGGCAUGAGCCAUGACGAUGACCACGCUGCUUGUACGGGUCACUCGCACAUCAUGUCCGGAGAGUGGGUCAAAGGUCGUAACCCUAGCGACCUGUCCUGGUCUACCUGCAGCCGUGACGACCUGGAAAACUUCCUCAGGUCAAAGGCCAGUUCCUGUCUAUUGCACACAGACCCGCGGAGUCGUUACCUUGUGCGUCUUCCUGCGAAGCUUCCUGGCAUGCACUACAGUGCAGACGAACAGUGCCAGAUUCUGUUUGGCACCAAUGCAACCUUCUGCACCAACAUGGAGCACCUGAUGUGUGCAGGCCUGUGGUGUCUGGUGGAAGGAGACACAUCCUGUAAGACCAAACUGGAUCCACCUUUGGAUGGUACAGAGUGUGGCGCUGAUAAGUGGUGCAGAGCUGGUGAGUGUGUAAGUAAGACCCCGAUCCCUCAGCACGUGGACGGAGACUGGAGUUCAUGGAGCCAGUGGAGCAUGUGCAGUCGAACCUGUGGUACCGGAGCUCGAUUCAGACAGAGGAAGUGCGAUAACCCUCCACCCGGUCCUGGAGGGAAACAGUGUCUGGGGGGCAGCGUGGAGCAUAAAGUGUGUGAGGGUCCUCCAUGUGCCAAGGGCUCACCUACAUUCAGGGAUCAGCAGUGCCAGUCUCAUGAGCGCCAAGUGGGCAAGAAGAAGAGUCAGUUGUGGACAGCUGUUGUAAAUGACGAGAAGCCGUGUGCUCUGUACUGUACGCCGGUGGGCAGGGACGCACCGGUGCUGAUGGCCGAGCGUGUGUUAGACGGGACGCCGUGUGGACCCUACGAGAGUGACUUGUGUGUGCAUGGGAGGUGUCAGAAAAUCGGCUGCAACGGCAUCAUCGGCUCCUCCGCCAAAGAGGACCGCUGUGGAGUGUGUAACGGAGACGGCAAGUCCUGCAAAAUCAUUAAAGGAGACUUCAAUCACAGCAGUGGCAUGGUCACCCCUAGCCAUUGUAAGAAGGUCUCUACGUGUGUGAUGUCAAAAUCCAGGGCUCUUCCCAAGUGUUUCUCAUGUUAUAUUGAGGCAGCCGUCAUUCCUGUAGGAGCACGGCGAAUCAAAGUUGUGGAGGACCGGCCAUCACACAGCUUCCUCGCGUUGAAAGACUCAAGCAAGAGAUCCAUAAACAGCGACUGGAAAAUCGAGCUGCCAGGGGAGUUCGAGCUUGCCGGCACCACUGUUCGCUACGUUCGCAGAGGAUUAUGGGAAAAGAUGUCUGCCAAGGGGCCCACUAAGACUCCUCUCCACCUCAUGGUUCUCCUGUUCCACGAUCAGACGUACGGGAUACAUUACGAGUACACAGUGUCUCUAAACCAGUCUCAGGAGAGCAGCACAGAGACACCCAGAGAACCUGAGCAUCUCUACCUGUGGACACAUAGCAGCUGGGAGGACUGCAGUGUGCACUGUGGAGGAGGAGAAAGAAAGACAGUGGUUUCCUGCAUAAGGAUGGUUAAUAAGACCAUGACGCUGGUGAAUGAGAGCUUCUGCCACCCAGAGAACCGUCCUGCGCCCCAAGUCCGUCCAUGCAACACUCAUCCUUGCCAAUACAGAUGGGUGGCAGGUGACUGGGGCGAGUGUUCAGUGACGUGUGGAAAAGGUGCACAACAGCGUGAGGUCAGCUGUGUUUAUCAGCUCCAGAACGGCUCGUUCCUCACCACACGAGAACUCUACUGCCUCGGUGUAAAGCCGGAGAGCAUUCAACACUGCGAGGGACGCCACUGUCUCACCGCAUGGGAUGCCUCGGAGUGGAGCCAGUGUUCAUCUAGUUGUGGGCGGGGUAGCAGGAAAAGGACAGUGACAUGCACAAAUCCUCAGGGGCUCUGUGACCCUGCCUCCCGUCCCACCCACCAGGAGCUAUGCGAGGACUACUCCAAAUGCUAUGAGUGGAAGACAGGAGACUGGUCCAAGUGCUCAUCUUCCUGUGGGCGGGGGCUUCAGUCCCGUGUGGUCCAGUGCAUGCACAGAGUGACUGGUCGCCAUGGCAGCGACUGUCCCACAGUCCUAAAGCCACCAGCAUACAGGCAGUGUCAUCAGGGGGCAUGCAAUGACAAAGUUAAUGUCAACACUAUAACUUCACCAAGACUGGCAGCACUGACGUAUAAGUGUACAGGAGAUCAGUGGACGGUGUACUGUCGUGUGAUUCGGGAGAAGAACCUGUGCCAGGACAUGCGCUGGUACCAACGCUGCUGCCAAACUUGCAGAGACUUUUACGCCAGCACAAUGUCCCGCGAAAGUUAAUGAGCCUGGCACUUCUUCCCACGUAGCAGCUUAAUUGUUUAUUUUUUUUAUGUCCUCUUUUUGUACUGUCAUAAAUGACACUGUGUAUAUUGUUAUUAAGGAUUAUUGGAUUUUAACGCAGAAACCGGUCAAUUGAUGCACAUGUCAGAUCUUUCAAAUGGGAUGUUGAAACGUUUAAGGUUUUGACUUGAAAAUGGUGCAAAAGGUCUAUGACUUUUCUUUUUUUUUAAUUGUUUUGCUGUAAACCAAAGUUGAAAAUAUUGGAGGCCAUUAGAGACUUCUUCAGCGAAGCAGCUUGGCUGUUGUACAGUAAGCUGACCAUUUAGGAAAUUGGGCUUACGUUGCUUUCUAAAAGCCACUGGUUGGCCAGUAAUCCCAGAACUGAGCAAUGGCACAUUUUUGUCAUUUUGGUAUCCUAACCACAUAUUCGUUUUGUUAUCGUUUAUUUCUUCCAGAGGUUCAUAAAGUGCCUUAACGAGAUUAUAUGAUCUAGAAAGUCAUGGUUUAUGGGGCCUGUUGCACCCCAUAAUCUAUGGCACAAGCCAUGGCUGUCAUCUCUAACGCCUAAAUAGGUCAUAGCAAAGAGAGCAAGGACUUUACACCAACUAAAUGUUGGUGCAAGGACUUUACACCAACUAAAUUACACCAACUAAGUGUAUGCCUAAGAGCAAAUAAUACUAACCUUUUCUGUGAACAUCUACAUGAAAAGAUACUUAGCAAUAUUGCUAAUGCUUCAUACAUACAGAAGUGGCAACACCUAUAGAUUUGACCCUUUGAAGUGGCAGAGAGCUACACUUUUCUGCUCUUUUAGAUAAUGGAAUCAUCAGGCCCAAUAUAUAAGACAUUUUACAGAAUGUACUUUUUCUGAAUCAUUUUAUCAAGGUGAAGUUUGACCUAUGGUUUUACAAGUUUCUGUCUUGUGAGCCAAGUGGGCGGGACUGAAAUUAGAAGGGAGGAGCUUCUUAUUCUUAAGUAGCAAAUCAGACCUUUCGCUUUCCUACAAAAAAAAAAUGAAACAAAAAAAAAGUCGUCUCGUCCACCAGUAUAAUCUUUUUGUGGUAAAAUUCUGUGUUUUUUUUUCUGUCUGCUUGCUGGAAUUUUCUUGUUAGCAAUGUCGGCACUUCUGCACAUAAAUACACUACAGAUUACUCAAAGCUUAUCUUCUAAAUCCUGCAACCAAACCAGGACUGCAACACUGCACAUGCAGCAAUAGGAACCAAAACAAGUGUUCAGAGUCACAGCAGGGACUCUAGAGGAGGUUAGACCUCAAGGUUUAUUAAAACAUCGCUAGGUUUUAACACGCAGGAUGUGUGAGAAAUGGACAUUAAUAUAGACUACAGGUUCCCUGAGUUCUCCAGGGAGUGGUGUUCUCCUGGAGCAGGGUUGGGAGCCUGGGAUAUACUGUACACAAUAUUCUCAGUUUAAGAAAAUGUAAACAUUAUAAGCUGUAGGAAAAACAGCGAAUGUGCAAAUUUGCUGUUUCUCAUCAUCAUAACCUGUGGAUCUUCUCCAGCAAAAACACCAGUGUGACAUACACGGUUCAAUGUUUUGGUAACUUGUUUGUUUGUUUUGUUUUUUAUGGAAUUUUACACGUUCAUUGACAUUUAUUCUACUAUAAUGAGUUUCCCCGUUAUUGCACUGCAGGUAAUGUUUUAAAAGGUUAAAAGAGUAAGAGCAAUCGUCUAAUGACUAGACCAAAUCUUUUUUUCGCAAAAUUGGUCGAACACACCAUUUGACUCCAGUCUUUCCAUGGCUACAGGAUUAACACAGAUUUAUUUAACUAUAUUCAUACUUAUUUUUACAGCUUAAUGGUUCGUCAUCCUAAAACAUUCGUUUCAACAUAUUUUCCUUUUGUAUUUCUUGAUUUUUUUAGAAAGUACUGUUAAUAUUAGGUAUUUUUCAAUAAGAACAUUGCACAUUUGUUGGCAUAUUGUAAGAAAAGUGGAUACCACUUUUUAUAUUUCCAGGAGUCAUGCUCAAAACAUUUAUUUUUCCUUUUCUCGUUGGGCACAAUUAUGAAACAAAACGAGCAGGUAUUAUAACUUUCAAUAACUGCUGAUGACACCAUCAGUAAAGUGUUUAGAACUGGUUAUAAGCUCACAUGCAGGCUACAUUACUUUGGUGUAAAAUGUGAACUUUCCAGGUUUUUACACUACACAAAGGUCCCUGUGUGUGUGUGUGUGUGUGUGUGUGUGUGUGUGGGUGUGUUUUUAGAUACCUUGGCCCCUGUUUUCUCAGGCAGUACAGGGUUCAUUUGGUGCUAGACAAAUUUCACUACUGUGGAAUUCAACAUUUUUGUCCUGUUUCUCUCAUGAUUGUUCUUCAAUAUGUAUUUUCUGACUCAUAUGUUUUUUUUUUGAUGAUUAUUUAAUACUAAAAUGUAGCUACCUUACUAUUUCAGAGAUUUCAGCCCAGUGGUGCAAAUUGCUUCAUUUACUGCUAUGGUGCAGAUAUGCGUAUAUAUUCCAGUACUGUAUGUCUUUAGUUGCACAUGAUGGUACAUAAUCUGCAUUUUUUAUUUUGAUGGUGCUGAUUUGACUACAAGUGUUUAAAUGGUUAUACAAAAAUAAAUUAAUCUUAUAACACAUGAAA